CCCAGUCGCACGUUGUCUGCCAUCGUUUGUGAACGCAUUUACUGUCUGUCCUUGUUGGAAAAGUUUUAUGGUAUCUCGGUCCAUUUCACUCGCGCAAUGUCGAUGCACAUUUGCAUCUAACAUUUUAAUGCAAAACUAAUCGUGCACAAAAGAAAACAUUUUCUGUGAAUUAAAAUUUGAUGCAAUAGUUGUGAGAGGCAAAUAAAACAAAAUCUCCUGCAGAGUGUGCGUGUGUGUUAAACGUGAUACAUUUCGCAAAUGGUAAAUUAAUAUCCAGAGAGAUUCACACAGCCCGCAGAAAACUGUGUAACAGAAGUCACAGAACGAGCGCGUUGCGGUUUUCCGUUGAUUCUGGUCGGUUGACUUGGCUGAGCGUGUGUGGUUGCUGUGUUUUGAUACCCACACGGAUGCAGAUCUCUGGAUGCUCUGGCCAACGAAAUGCAGUUUCACACCUUCCUGAAUUGAACGUCGAGGAUCGUCUUCAAACCAAAAGUUAACGCGAAAAGAAAAAUAACAAGAACAAACACAAAAUAUUUUUCUUCGGUUCGGUUAAACAAAACACUUUCAACGACAAGUUAAACGUGACGAUCAACAACCACAAGUUGUUGUGCAGUGUAUCUUUGUGUAUUAUUCGCAAACAGCAUCGAAAUGAUGGCAUCACACCUGGAGUCGGCCAUUGAUAUAACCACGAUACGGGAUGAGGAUCUCCUCCGGAAGAUGUGGCACGAGGCGGAGGACUUUGGUCGUAAACGGGAGAUCCGUGCGCAUAUGUACAAACUGCGCGAGGAGCGCCUGAAGGAACUGUACGCCCCAGUAGAAAGCUUCGUCGGCUCAUCGAUCAGUGCCGUCAUCAUGGCACAGCAGCAGGACACCAGCACCAAGUUCAGUUUGUCCAAGAACUCUGUCACCGGUAGUCACGGCGAUUCUCUGGCCGACCAUAGCUUCGAGAGUUUCAAAACCAAGGAGAUCAGAGACUCGGAAAGUCCCACCCGAUUCGGUACCGUAAUUCCUUCAGACAAUAGUGGCUGGCAUAUCACGACGUCGCAGGAGGUAAGUGCCGAUGGCAAGACGCACACGGUGAGAAGCUCGGCAACCACUGAAGGCACAAAAGAAAUCGAUGGCGGUAAGACGUCGUUCAGUGGCAAGAACGAAGAAGCUCAAAGCGAACGCUUCGAGGGUGACGAUACAAAUUUUGUCCACAGCAAGGGUGAUCAAUCGUCCACUUUCCUCACUGAGAAUACGGUGGUCGAAGGUGACAACGGUUGCAAAAUCGAGAAAAAAUCUUCAUCAACUAUUUCGUCUUCUUCGAAAAUUAUCCGUUCGAAGCAUGUAAUUGAAGAUGAAACAGAUUUUGUACCGGUGCGUCACGAUCAAAGGGACACCCUGUUGUCAGAAGGCAAAGGAGUUGACACUUUCACCAGUAGCACCCGCGAAGAGCACACAAAAUCGAAUCUCCUCACGCACCAAAUCGAUGGAAACAUAUCUAGCAAGCAUCUUUCGAAGGACCCGGACCGUGUUAGUGAGGCUUUCAGGCUGAUGGAGCUUCCUGGUGAGGUACUCCAGCGAGAAGUCACCGUCAUCAACCCUACCACUAAGAUGAUCACGGUUACUAAAAAGCUCGAGGAUGGCACAACGGUGACAACCCGCUCGUACGAAAGGGUCGACGCACCUUCGAAGAGCUCGACGGUGACGAACGAGUCCCAUGUCAGACGUGAUUCGGAGAUAAACUCUAAGUUCUCGACUCGAGAUGAAACCGAAAUCCAAACCACGAAGAAAGACGUUGCUGACAAAGUCAUCAAUCAGCAGUUCAUUGUUGAAGAACGUACCGACACUCAAAGAAACGAACAGAUUAAGAAACACCAUCAGCAACAGCAGCAGCAACAACACGAAAUUACUAAUAAUUACAACAGGAUCACCGUUGAACUCGAUGCAGCCCACGAUUCGUUUGCUCGUUCUCUGCGCUGCGCUUCUCCGACCGGUAGCGUUCGCUCGGUCCGUUCGAACUCGACCACCGGGCGGUCAAGCGUCAGUCCCGAUAAGUCCUAUCGAAACAGACGUUCACCUUCGCGGGACUCCGACACCAGCCGUCUGAGUACUCACACCACGACACGUUCCAGCCGCACAGACGUCUCAAGCAAAGACUACAUGAAACCAACGCUUACAUCCGAGAGGAGACAAUCGAACUACAAGGAACACACAAUCCACGAGUCUUCGUCGGUGGUUGAUUCGUCUGAUAUUGUAGAAAAAAGUAAGCCGAAGGAGCGCUCUACUAGUCCGAAAAAGGUCCCACAAAACACACCGGACAUGACCCCUAGGGGACCGUCUCCCGACAAACUUUCCAGACAUACUUCCCCGAGCAAAACCCCUAAAGACGCGGCUCCGUUCUGCACGGUAAACAACUCGCGUGGUACAUCACCACAGAAACUUCGGGACACAAAAACGACAUCCGCCAAACUGGUGCGGGAAAAUUCUUCCGAAAGCUUCAAUAUCGAUACGACCAUAACGGUUUCAACGAACGACAAUCUUCAGCAACGUGUUCGUGACGAUGUAGAGGUGUUCACCACCAAGAGCCAAAUUACCGACCUAGAUGAUAUCACUAUCAACGUUAAGCUCGAGAACGUAACCGAUGACAUUGAGGUGACCACCACCGUCGAGGAAGUUGAUAUGGACAAGAAGAAAUCGGUGCCAGAAAAAGAUGAACCACCAGUAAAGAAGGCACCGAAACAGAAACCGCCGCUGGUCCGAAGUGAAACCUUCGAAGAACGUUGCCGCAAGAUCCUCGGAAUGCCCGGGAAUGUUGAUACGGAAGAGGAGGUGGUGGAUAAUGUCACAUCCAGCAUUUUCAGCACAUACGACAACACGCUGAGUUCUGAAACACGAGAGAAGCGUAUGAAAAUGGAGAAUGAAGUCAAAACGAACCAGGAAUCCAGCAAGCAGCAGACUACACGUAAAACAAACGACUUCCUCGAUUACGAGCGAAUGGUGGAAACACAACAUAAAACAUCUCCGGAGCCUGAGAAGGACAAGCCAACCCGUACUAAGGAGACUUCGCAAGAUCGAAAACCUUCCGAAUCAAGAACAUCCCCCACCAGGAAAUACUAUGAAACAUCACCAAAUCGUCGUCCGGAUGCGGGAACAAGCACUGUAAAACCUAGCGAACCGAAGGAAUCGUCUCCUGUGCGUAAGUACUCCCAACCAUCUCCUGAUCGGCGUCCAAAGGAAUCGUCACCAGCCAAAAAACCGACGGAAUCUAAGGAGUCGUCUCCCGUUCGCAAAUACUCCCAGCCAUCGCCUGAUCGUCGACCGAAGGAAGAAUCGCCAGCUGGAAAGCAAUCGGAUUACAGGAACAUCUCCCCCGUUCGUAAGCACUCACAGGCCUCUCCGGAGCGUCGUUCAAAAGAGCAGUCACCCCAUAAAACUCCAACUGAAAAAGCAAAAAGCCCAUCUCCUAUUCGAAAACCUUCUCAGCCGUCCUCCGAUCGCCCGAAAGAACAGUCACCAAUGAGGAAACCUUCUGAUUCGAAGGAAAGUUCCCCGGUUCGCAAGUAUUCUCAGCCUUCACCCGACCGGCGUCCGGUAGAUCUGAAUGUAACCAGGAAGCCAUCCGAAUCGAAGGAAGCCUCUCCCGUUCGUAAACCUUCGCAACCUUCUCCACAUCGGUCACCAUUGAUGAAGCCAUCUGAGCCGCUCGAAAGCUUCUCCGUCAGAAAAGUCUCUCAUCCAUCUCCGGAACGCCAUCCACGUGAGCAGACCCCUGUUCGUAAGUCACCCGAAACGAAGGAAACCUCACCACCCCGAUGCUCCCGUUCGAAGGAACGUUCCACGACUCCAACUGACACAAUCAACCGCAAAUCUCCUACGCAGCACGAGAAACCUUCAACUCGUAAACCUUCGACAACAUCUCCGAUGAGGAAAACUUCUCGUGACACAGCUCAAACUGAGACCACGGUAGUGAAGAGCAAGGUAACCUCGAAGGCCGAUAUCCUCGUCAACCAGAAUAAGGAGGGUAAAAAUAUGUCCGUCACAGAGAUCACAAUCCAGCCGCAGGUUGACGCCAAGAAGUCCGAUAAGAUUCUCGCCAAGCAAACUUCGGACAAUAAAUUCGACCGAAGGUCCACGAGCAGUCGAGCAGUAACGAGCAAAUCUUCGUCCGAUUUCGACGUUAAACGUAGAACGCACAACGAGAAGUCGGAAACGGUUGUUGACAAAACAAUACGCACUACCACCAAUAAAUCCAGGACACCAGCUACAAGUCCAGAUAAACGAAGACCAUUGGAUAGCAGUCCCACGAAAACUGAUAAGGGUAAACAUCACAUAACAGUAGCCAAGAUCAAAAUUGAACCAGUACGGAAGCCCGUGCAAGCUAGGAUCAUUGUAGAUGAUAGAUCAUCUAGAUCGGCUAAAACCAUUAAGACUACCAAGAAAAUCGUUGAUGAUUUCACAGAACCAGAAUCGGACAAAGAUACCGGUAUUUCCGACAAUGAAAUCGACGAUGAAACGGUCACUACAGUGGAGACGACCACCACUACAGUUACCAGCUCUAGAAGACAUCCAGCCACCGAUAGGAAGGAUUCUGCUCCCGUGUAUCGAACAACUGCCAGAGCGGACAAGGAGUACUCGCGAUCCUCUAGUGAUAACGUGUUGAAAUCGAACACCACCACGAAGAAAACGCACACUACCAAAACGUCCACCACUAGCAACAACACUACAGCAUCACCCAAAAAAACCGAACGUCCAGUUAAGUGUGUAACCACAAAGACAAUCAAUCUCUCCACCAAGGCCACGAUCGAUUCCGACAAUCUGGACAACGUCGUAAUUGACAUCCAGCAGGCGAAAUCCUCACGAGAACCAACCCCAAAUCGGUUGAUUCCGAUUCCCGUCUCGCCCGACGAGGACACCGGGAAGCCACGCUACCCGGACGCCGUUCAGGAACCAGACGAUGAACCCCGUCAAGCCCCGAGGGUCAACAACAUCCCCAUCUUCGAGGAAGCUACCAACGAGUACAUCGGCUGUGAAAUAAGUGAAAUUGAAGAUCACGAAGUGCGGGCUGCUCGUGCUAGUCGCAUCACGAAUCUGGAUCGGGUGACCGAGGAUGACGAGUCGCUGCUGAGCGUCACCCAAAAGGUGUCCAAGUUCGUCGAGGAAGCGAACAGACUGAAGGAUGACACGGCAACAAAAGCGGCGCCGAACCGUUUCGUGCGUCACGAGUACGAAGAACUGGACGAACAUCUCAGGUCGGACGAGUGUUUGCUGAGUGUGUCGGACAAGGUGACUAAGUUUAUCUCGACCGCGGAGGAGGUUAAGAAGAUUAAGACAUCCAAACCGUUUACUCCGGAUCGCGAGAUCGACACAUUGGAGCCAGAUGAGAGCCGCGCGAACGUAAAUGAGAGGGUGUCCAAGUUUUCUACGAAUGACAGUAACAGAACUUCCCUGACACGGGAAACAGUGGAGAAAAUGGACCAGAGUUGGUUGGUUGAAAAGGAUGAAUCGCUGCUGAGUGUGUCGGAGAAGAAGAAAAAGUUCAUCGCGGGCUCGAAUGCUCCCCAGAAAUCUCCCGAAUUGGUGAAGAAUAUCAUGAAACAGACCACCAGACAGGAGCGGGACGAGGAAGGCGCAGAACUCGAUCAGAAGACUAACAUUGUUGAUAGAUAUACUACGACUGCUUUGACGAAACCGAGGGACAAGGUUCCUCAGACCGUUACGUUGAGAAGUACCGAAGCGGUGAAGAAAGCAAAGGAAAUCUUCGAAAGCAGUAACAAAUCAACUGCAGCGGAGAUCGCCCGCCAGAAGGAUAUCCUUUCCCGACCAUCGAUUUGGGAAGAUCGUAGAAAGAAGGAACAAGCUACGGUGACGGUGGCUAGGGAACCGAAGGCGGAUCAAUCGAAAAAUCAAAAAGAUGUUCGACUAACCGACAUUGGUGUAUUCAGGAAGCAUCAAGCAGAGGCUGAACCUGAAUCGCGGAAGCCAACACCGGAGGAACCCACACAAGAGGCUCCCAAGACUCGCCGCGAUAGCGGAACUCCAAAAACUCCGGCAUACAUUAAGGACACCGUAUCCACGAAGAAAAACCUUUUCGAGAAGAAAAUUUCCUCAUCGAAAAUGGAAGUUGCCAAUGUUGGUCGAUCCACAACGACGACGACACAGGAGGAAUGCGUAGAGUCAUCGGUAACGCAUGCCAAGCGACCUUCGAUCACGGAAAAGUACGAGCGCUCCGUUUCACGGGACACCCCAACACCUGGCAAUAAACCUUCCUACAUGAGCCACACGGUUAGCUCCAUGGAACAUAUGAACACAAGCCGCCGAGAAUCCAUCGACAGCACACAUCGAAUAGCUGAACUGAAAGAGCAAGUUCAUCAACAGGAAGCUGCACCGUCGAAACCAUCGAACAAAUUUGGCGUCGAACUGAAGCGUACAGAUUCCGGGCGGAAUGUCAUUCCUGCUCUGGUCAAGCGCAAGAGUUCGGCAGACAUUCCCCACUUCGAGGAGAUUUUCAACUUGGAGCUGUUGGAGAAAAUGCUGGAAACGGUCACCGGUUACGAACAACGCAGACGUAUUCGUGCCCAGAUUCGGUUGGUCAAAAAGAUGGGAGAGAAACCGAACUCUUCUACCACAACGACCACGACGGUUACAACUACAACUAAAAUGAACAGCAGCAGAGUUCGCGAUACGAGCCCGAAAAGGAAGGAACCGAGCCCGACAAGGGUGACGAGGAGAGGCGUUCAGGAUACGGAAGUUCGUUCUGUGAAAACGGUUGAAGUGGAGAAGAAAAGCGAUACGCUUCAACGUAGUUCAAGCCCAACCAAGCCCAAGUCCACGACGAUGAAUGGAAAGAUUUCCACUACCGUCCCUACAAAAACGCCUAAGGUUACCGAGAAAAUUGCUCCGACAGAACCGAAGGAUGACAAACCGAUAUGGGCUACCAGCAACAUUUUGAAAAAGGCAUCCGAAAACACACGCAACUUCAAGACGGCCUCAACGACGAAUACCACAACGAAGAAAACAAUCACCACAAUUCGGGAUGUUCCCAAGGAAAUGAAACCAACCGACUGUAUUACAUCCAGCUAUGGCGUCGGACCAACGGACGAAAACGGUCUCCCACUGUUCGGCAUCCGUGCGUUGAAGAAAAAGCCUGCCGAAACGGGUUCAGACUACGAAACAACUUCCAAAAUAUCGGGGAGCAGCGUGUCGGAAGCGCUGUACUCGGAGAACGGAUCCGCCCCCAUAGGGGAACGCAAGACCACUGUUUAUUCAUCCGACGUAAGGGAUUUUGAAGAUCUAAACCUCUCGGAAAGCAAGCGUAACCUGGCGAUCGUGCGCGACAAGCGGUUGGAGCGGGAAAAUUCCCGCAAAGGGUUGAUUUCGUUGACGAAGGUUGAAAAAAUCACCAACGGAGGCAGUCACGUAACCGCGGAGGAGAUUGGCACACUGGAGGACAUUCCGCAUCGUCGACCCUCGAAGCUACAGCAUCGUGGCUCCGUGAAGGAGCUGACUGAACGGUUUGUGCACAAGGAAUCCUCAUCGUCCCUCACCUCGGACAAGAACUACCCCAAGGCCGGACUGAUUCUCCGCUCUGCCCAGAGUCAUUCCAGCCGGGCGUCGACACCGGGUGAAAUAAGUUCCGCCCGAUCGGGAUCGAUCGAUUUCGACGAGAACGAUGUCGAGCUGCAGUCAUCCUCCGCCAUUUCGAAAAAAGCGCUGCGCGAAAGUAUUAUGACAUCCACUUCGUCAGCUUCCUUCAUGACAUCCGGCAGGACGGAAACAAACGAGGAAGAGGUCGAAGAUGGAGUUGUGUUUCGCAAAAAUCGUAGCAGCAGCAGCAGCAGACAGACACGAUCGUUCCUGAACGAUGGAAGCCGCGUUUCUGGAGUUCAGGAUGUGCUGGAGAGGAUGCGCAAUGCCGACAAUGUGGAAGAAAGUGACGAUACCGAAGAGGACCGGGAGGCACGGGCUUUGCUGAACAAAUUCCUUGGUGCUUCGGUCCUUAUGAGUGGCAUGGAGUCAAUGGUCACGAGUAGCAUGAAGGAAGAAUCCACGAGCGGCACCGUACCCGGAUCGCAAAAGGUCUCCAAGGUAACAACAACCCGCACUGUUAAGUCGUCUGCUUCGUCGAACAGUGCGUCCAAACCUAGCGUUGAAAAUCUUGAACAAAUCUGGGACGAAGCCGUUUUGAAGCAAUUGCUGGAAUCAUCCACGAACUACGAGGAACGCCGUAAAAUCCGAGCCCGCCUGCGACAGAUCAUGGCCGAGAAAGAAGCCUGCGCGGAUAUCGUGGCUAGCGUAACAGCCGAUUUACAGCGGGAACGACAGCUCCAGAAGCAGCUGAGCACCAACAACUCCAACAAUAACAACAACAAUAGUGGCAUCCAGGGUGAGUCGCUCUUGCUGCCCCUACUGCAGGGUAUAUUGUUGAACAACAAAGGGGGUGCAGGUGGUGGGCAGGUUGGAACCGCCAGCGGUAGUGGAACCGUUACCACGCUCUCGAUUCCACCGGUCGAAGAUUCCGGCACAGAAUCCGGUGAAGACUUGCGGCUUCUGGCGGCCGGUUUGCAUGAUAAUAUCGAGAUGUAUCGUGGUAUUGGUACUGGUGCAUCCACCAGCAGCGGUGGUAGUGUUAGUGGUGAUGGUAGUAGUGUUAGUAAUCUUGCACCACAGGAAAAUGGUGAAAGUAUCUUGCACGAAGUUACAGCUGCCCUCCAGAGGCUGCAGCUUUCGCUGAGGGAUGGGAAAAACAUGAAUUUGGACACAAGCAAACGAAACGCACUUCUCACACUCGUCUGCCGACUGCAGACGGGCCUUAUGCAACCCGAGAAGCUCCCCGAGCAAGUUUCACCCGUGAACGAACUCAUCGAUGACAAGGAAGAGAGUAUCGAUUACAACCAAGCCCGCCGGGGCAGUGGCCGAUUUUCCAAACGACGAAACCGUAACAACCGUCACACGGUUGGAGUUAGUCGGGAAGAGCUAGCGGAUGCUCGGCGGUUUAUCGAAGAAUUCGGACGCAUUGAGAGUAUAUCCUCGCACUCCCAUUCGGCUACCCCUGAGAAAUCCAAAACCCCUGAAAAACCCACCCCACCAUCUCGCGUUCCACAUAAACAACCAUCCCCGAAUGUCGUCCCUGUGUCCACACCCGUAGCUCCCACAACAACCUUUGCCAUGAAACGCCCUAGCCAAUUUGUUCCCAAAGCGAUCCAAGAUCUCAAACCAGCUAUCAAACUCAAUGACUCGGAACCGCUCGUGAACGGACGAGAUCGCAAAGCAAAGCAGAAGCUUUUCCGUCAAUCGCACAGCUUUGAACAACCCCCGGUCAAUGGUCACGAACUGGAGACCGGUCAGCACAAACCGAUCGACGUAAAGUCUGCCACUACCCGAGGCGACCCGUUCAAAAAACCCGUCCAAACAGCGGCUCAACGAGCGCUCAUAAAGAAGUAUUCCUUCAACGAUGGUUCAACUUCCGAUGAAGAUGAACCCCAGAAGAACGCUGAACAAGUUGUUCUCCAGAGGAGCACACCUAAGGGAUCGGCUGUUAUAAACACGGUUCAAAAAAUCGUGAGUCGUGAAGUUAAACAAGAAUCACCGAAGCCUGUUACCGUGGUAACAGCUGCCAGAAAGCAAGGAAGCUCGCAAAGUAGAACCCUCGAUAGUCACGUUGCUCACAUGGGCGGUGUCGAAGGGUCGAAACCGUUGAACAAAUAUACCAGCAAAAAGCUUCGAAUGAAGCGAGCUAAUACCAUUGAUAUCCCGAAAAAACUUUUGAGCAACGAGGUGUACAGCGACGAUGACUCCGAGGAGGAGAGGAACCCUCUAGAACGGACGCGGGAAACUAAAUCGAAAACUCCGGUUUCUUCCGUUACAAAACCGGCUAUAGAAGUACCCGAAUUCAAGCCAAAAACCGAGAGCGAUAUGAAGUUUAUGGCUUUCCUGCAGAAACAGAACCAGGCAUCGAAACAGGUGUGGUCCAAUGCCACCAAAGAUCACAUUGGUUCCAACAACUGGACCAGCAAGUUCGACCAUCUCAAGAGUAAUUUUGAACACGCUGACAUGUCCAGGAAAUUCGGUCCUCCCGCGAAGAGCGCUCCCAAAAAUUCAGCGAUGAAUUUCUGGAAGAAAGCCGAGAGCGCCUCCUUGGAUGAAACAUCCUUACGUACCAGUGUUCCCAGCCAUGCUUCGAAGCCACCCAAAACUGGUGCUCCCGUUCCAAGUAACGCGGUUGCGAAAAGAUCCACGCAAGGACAGCAACCUCCGAAACCUAGUUCCGUUUCUCAACAACCUCCAAAACCCAAAUCUGUUCCCCAACCCGUAGUUCCACCAAUGAGCGCUAGCAACAGAACCUCCAAAAUCGUACCCGCCCAAAAACCUGCAACCGUUCCAUCGCCGUCCUCCAAUCAAUUUACCCACGCCCCAACGUCUGCAUUUAAACCGAUUCCCAAGAAGCUCCCGCCCGUGAAUCUGGACUUUAAACCCGUCCAUCACGAACCAGACAUAAUAAAACCCAUCCCUGCUCACGUUUCCAGUGGCGUUGUGAAGCAAAUCGUAGCAUCCGGGUUUAAGGAAACCCCGGAAGUCAAAGCCGAACCGAUACCGGUCCAACUAGGUCUAGUCAAAUCCCUCGCGGCAGCUGGUUAUCACGAAACCCCAUACGUUCCUCCACCGAAGCUAGAACGAACGCCCACACAACUUGUGCUGAACUAUCAAGCUAAACCGGAACGUCCCGAAUCACCAACGUCAGCCGCACCUUGGAUCGGUAAAACGACCACCGACAACGGGAGCCGUGUGGCCAGCAUCGCCUCCACCAAGUUCACGGCGAAUCAGUUUGGACUGAACAAGGGAACUCUCCCGGCACAGCAGCCCCUCACUUACCAAGGCUCCCUGAAAUACAGCGAGAAACCUCUCAACUACCAGCAGACGGAUCGGCUGAGCGAUAAGCGGCCUUCACUGCCCGAUGUGGCGGGUUUCAGUGCGCAACCGACUUACACCUUCACGGACUUCACUCAGCCCGAGUUGGUUUCAACGUUUGCUUUGAACCGAAGCGAUUCGCUUACCAAUCCCGAAAACCAACCGCUGGUUCUGACGAGUACAAAUUCCGUGUUCAGUCCCGCCAGCAUCCACCAUGCUCCACAAAUCAGCUAUCAAACCACCAACGUUCAACGGGACAAAGUUGACGAUGAUGAUGAUGACGACGAUGACCUUGAGUCAGUAGACUCGCAGGAGAUACGUGUUGUGACCCGGGUUAUGCAGGCACCGGUCAGCCAGCAAGCGAGCUAUUCGUCCAACAAACCGACCCAUUUGGGAGGCUCUGAAGAACGUGGAACAGCAAUGGCUCAUAAUCUGCACAGUUCGCUGAAAGCAUUCACGCAGAAAAGUCCUACGCCUCCUAAUAGACUGAUCACCAACCAGAGACGCGAUUCGAGCAAUUCGUUCGACUCACAGUCAUCCAACUACCCGCAGCGAGCUCAGACCCACUACAGCAUACCGAGGGUAGAAGUUACACCACAAACACCGGUUUCAGUCAAACCACAGCCCCAAUUUAGCCUCCCAGCGCAUGUUAUCUACAACAACGUGCAAGGCUCCCCGCAGACUAGGCAGACUUUUGGGGGACCCCAGCUAAAUCAACUAUCGCGAACAGACUCCUGGGUGCGGCUGAAUCAACAACCUGCUCCCAUUAGUCUAGCUCGGACCAAAUCCAGCAGUACUCUCGCUGUCCCGCAGAAUACCACCCGUGCGCUGGGAAACCAACCCCGGGUGAUAUCGGACAAGCAACGCACAAUGGAAGCGUACUUUUCCGGUCAGAAACCGUCGUUCAACCCGUUGGCGAAGACUUCGUCCUCUCACAAUAUCCUCCGGGAUAAGAGUGGUAUGACGCAAAACAGCGUUCGACCGGUUUCGUAUGCCAUGGGCCACAACUACAACCCGAUGCAGUACAACAUCAUGAGCUCACAGCCGGUUUAUAGUAACACGGGUGGUUAUCAACCACCGUCUAUGUACACAUCUGCAUCUAUCGCACAGCAGCGACCACAACCACUACAGUCCCAAUACUAUCAACCUCCGCUGGGUGGUGGGUUGGCUCGAAGCCGAACGAUGCCCCACAUCCCGAUGAAUAACCUUAGCCUGCUGGACGAGAGCAACGUUGACGAUGCAUUUGAGGAACUCAUGACUCAAUCCUUCGCUGUGUAG